AUGGUGGAUAUGGAUAGUGGUGAAGGAUUUAAAUAUCCACUAUCUGUUCUCCACGAGCUGUUUGAAGAGGACAAGGACAGCAUCAAGACGCCUGUCAAUUUGAUUUACCACAUGUUGUGCACAAAACUCUACAAUGUGUCGAUAAAACCUCGUCGCGUUGAAGGGGCAGAAGUCAGUUAUGACAUUUCCCUGUGCCAAAGUCGAUUGGAUCAAGAUGCCCAUAGCUGGUGCACUUGUUUGUCAUCUACUACGGAUUAUAAUGGCCCUGUUGCUUCCUUCACCAACGCGGCUUUAAAAAAAUUAAUCGAUGACUUGAGAGCCGAUAUCAGAAAUGAUGAAGAAGUCAAUGAAAGAAAGAUGAGAAGGUUGAGAGCUUUACAAAAUGCAUAUGCAUGUUAA